GAUGGGUUUUUUUUCUGAAUAUAAACCAGAGAUUAUCUUGUCUCCUACAAAGAAUACCACAAGAUCGUCGAUUGGUGAGAAAAUGGCUGCAAAUUUAAUAUUCGUUUCUUGCUCUGUUUUUGCCUUGGCAUUUUGGAUUGCUUUCCUUGGACUUUCCUUGUACAUCGCCUAUAACCGGAAGAGAUACAGUCACAUUCCUCACCCAGAACCUCUUCAUUUCUUCAGUGGUAAUCUUCAGCUAUUGAAGGAUGUUGGUGAUGAUGAGACAUGGUCUACAGUCUUAUCUCACUGGAGCAAGAAACUCGGUCCGGUGUACUGUUUUCAUACCUAUGCCAGGACUGUCAUUAUUUGUGAAGACUCAACAGUGUUCAAGGAACUUCUUACAAAGAGUAAGUAUUUAAAGGCACCAGACACGUACCGUGCCUUUAGGUUUUUGUACGGAGCCAGGGCAUUUGGAAAUGGUCUUCUUUGUGAGACGAACCACGAGGCCUGGAUGAAAAAACGUGCUAUCUUUAACCAUGCAUUCCAUCGGAGAUAUCUAAUGGGUUUGAUGAACGAAUUCAAUAUCUGUGGGGAUAAACUGGUCAACCAUUUGAUCCCGUCAAGUGACGGUAGAACAGAAGUCGCCAUGUCCGAGGAAUUUGCAAGAGUCACAAUGGAAAUUAUUGCAAGGGUUGGAUUUGGAAUGGACGAUGACAUCAUUGGGAACCCGGAUUCUCCUCUUUGCCAGCUGUUUCCAAAGAUUCUGCAUGGCAUGCAAUCAGUUUACAAUGCCCCACUCCUGAAGUACAGUAUUUUACCAAAAGACAUCAAAUACAGAAGAGAAGUCAGAGGAGCGAUGAAAGACUUGCGAAAAAUGGCUCGGAGAUGCAUUCAGGCCCGUAUGGACGCUCUUAACCAAGGUGAAGAAGUUCCACAGAACAUUCUAACCUACAUUCUGCAGGAGUCGAACAAUCUUGAGGGAAUUGAAAACUUCGACAUUGAAGAUAUGAUUGAUCAGUUCUUGACUUUCUUCGCAGCUGGAGAAGAAACGACAUCCAAUCUGCUUUCUUUCACCUUUCUCCAUCUUGGAAGAAACCCUGAAAUUAUGAAAAAACUCCGUGAUGAAGUGGAUACGAUAUUAAAAGGAAAGGACUACGUUGAGUACUCAGAUAUAACCCAGAUGCAGUAUCUAACACUGGUUUUGAAGGAGUCCCUACGAAUAACUCCUCCUGGAAGUAUGCUUAACAGAAUCUUACCCAAUGAAAUGGAUCUCUGUGGAUAUAAGGUUCCUAAAGACACAAUAGUCCUGUUGCAAAUUUAUGGAAUAGGUAGAAACGAAAAGUAUUUCAAAAAUCCAGCUACAUUCGAUCCAGAGAGAUUCACAAGAGAUGAAGACAGCCCAUUAUUUGCCUACGUACCAUUUUCAAUGGGCAGUCGGUCAUGCAUUGGUCAGACAUUUGCUAUGAUGGAAGCCAAGGUGAUCAUGUGUAAGUUGAUCAAGCAGUUAGAAUUCCAGCUUGUACCAAACCAAAACUUCAAGUUUACAGAAAACAUCACUCUCAAACCAAAAGAUGGCUGCAGAAAUUACAUCACAAAGAGAAAGCUGUGACGUCAUAAUGAGAAAGCGAUGGCAUCACAAAGAGAUAGCUCUGACGUCAGAUACCCCGUGGUUCUCGAGGAAACUUAAAUUGUGCAUUGAUACAACUUAGUACCUCAUGAAAAGACUGAAAUGCGAUGUUAUGCAGACAAAUUGCCUUGUUUUUUCCUAUAUACUUAAUAAUUGUUAUUACGUUUUAUUUUCAUCGAAUUGAUUUUAAUAUACGAUGGGAGAGAUUUAAAUUAAACCAAAAAAAAUGUACUGCUUGCUUCUUGAAAGUAUUCAAACAUUAUAGCCCCCUGCAGAUAUGUGAAGAAAAUGUCUGUUUCUUGGAUUUAGAUUAACUACAACUUAAAAGUAGUCACGAUAAAACAUGUACCGGUAAUUUUCUAUUUUUGUAUUUUCAGACGUAGUGCUAAUUUGAAUAAAUAUCGGUUGCAUUUUGCUUGAAACAAA